AUGACUCCUGAACGUUACCGUGCUGCUGUGAAACGGUUCAUCCUUCCCAAACGUUUCUGUGGUGUGGCACCUUUAUACCUGGGAGUCGAACUAGUACUAGGGAUCACCAUCUUUAACAAGUGCGGUGGUGCAUACGGUAUUCUAGCAUUAUUCAAUGGGCAUCCUCUAGAAUUUGCCCAGUGGGUGUUAUACACAUGGUCUAUUGUGUGUUUGGCCAUUUACGCACAAGGUUUGGCUAAAGUACAUCGCCCAACAUUGUACACUUUCUCACAAGUCUUUAUCUUCUUCAGCGUAGACACGUUGCUGACGUGUGCCUUCACUGUAUACUUUACACACGAAUGGUUUGCCGCCAACACCACAACACGUCCGCCAGCAGCUCAAGGUGCUAGUGACGCGUAUGAAUAUUCUGUAUCGCUUCUUGUCACAUUAGCUUCAUUGGUUUCUAGAUUAUAUUUCAACUUUAUUGUUGGGUCAUUUUUACAAGAGUUGUUCUUCCGUCCAGCAUAUACACUCGAUACAGAUGAGGUUGAAACAGAGCUCAGGCACUCUUCAUUAUUACGCCGUCUCUGGUUGCAAAAUCAACAUUAUUGUUACAUCCUGAGUAGGCGCAUACUUUCUUAG